UCUUCAUGACUCUGUUUUUCUGCUUAGCAAUCAGUGGUUUUAUAGUUGGAUAUGUCUACUUUACUGAGGCCUCUGGAUGCUCUCUGAACAAGUUCUUUAUAAGUUUUAAUCUGAUUUUGUGCAUUGUGAUCUCUGUCAUUUCAAUUUUUCCAAAAGUACAAGAAGUUCAGCCCAAGUCAGGUUUGCUACAAGCAUCAAUCAUCUCUCUGUACACAAGUUACUUGACGUUAUCAGCUCUUGCCAGUGAGCCUACUACAGCAGUCGUUGUUGGUAAUAAAACUAUCAAUACUGUAUGUGGAGAUGCCGAGGGACUCAAUAUCUCUGGAACUGGUGUUGAAGGAUCAGAAGUGACUGCCAUUAUUGUGGGUCUGACACUUCUCUUCAUCACGGUGCUUUAUUCCAGUUCUGUCCUUGCCACAGGUGAUGCAGAAGAGGGCAGUAAGGUUAAUGAAGACGAAGAUGAAGCUGUGGUUUACAGUUACUCAUUCUUCCAUUUUGUUUUCUUCCUGGCGUCUUUGUAUAUCAUGAUGACAUUAACAAACUGGUACAGCCCUCAAGGUUCAACUCUUGAAAACUUUCAAAGAAACUGGGGCUCUGUUUGGGUGAAGAUGGUUUGUACUUGGUUAUGUCAUGUGAUCUACAUUUGGACACUUGUUGCACCACUGUGUUUUCCAGAUAGGGACUUUGGCAAUGGUCCUCUGUAGAAUGCAUAGUUGAUAUAAACUAAUGUGUCAUGCUUGCACUAUUCAAGCCUAGUUUUCAUACAAUAGAUCUUUUUUGCGGUAAAAACCAAAGCAACAUGUUUGCUGCAACCCUCAAAUGAACAAGAGUGACAAGACAAGUCAAAAUUAGGACUUUUUUCGCCUAACAAAAAUAUUUUUCUGACAUUGCAAAAAAAUAAACAAGCUCAAAAAGGACAAUUUUGGGGUUGUUCCUCGAUUCUGCCUCGUGCAAACCUCGAAAAGGUCAAUUAUUCAAAUGGCGCUCUUGUGUUCUCAUUUCCUCAAGGUAUUUUAGAAUAGUUAUUAACAAAAUGGGUCACCUUUAAGGUCCCGCUAGACCUUUGAAGCGUUUACGUCAUUACCGUAUACGCAAUGCAUUGUAGGAUAGGUUUGGGUCAAAACAUGGCGAUCUCAUUUACUUUCGUCAGAAACUGAUCCUAUACAAUGCCAUUGCAGAUUACGUAGGUGACAUAAAAGCUUCAAAAGUCUAUUGGACACUGUAAAUAGACUGGCUCUCAAUCUUUAAAAGCUAUGGCAACUUAGAAAUCCAAAAAAGAGAACUAGUAGAAAAUGGUUACAUGUAUGUAAUUUUAAUGUGGCCUGUAAAGAUAUAUGCACUUAUCUAUGUUCUAAAGCUGUAAAUUAUAGUUACAAUUAUGCAAAACAAAUUAAAAAGUGUUCAGUUUUUUGAA